AUGACGGCCCUCACCGCCUACCUCGCAGCCUUGCUGCUGGCUCCUACCCUCCCCGCCGUGUUGGCCAAGCACAUCAUGAUCCCAAACACGUCCUUCAACUCCCAAUCCGACUUCGACACGGACUGGAAGUACCUGUACCCCUGGGGCAGCGACCACAACGGCGCGGCGCGCAUGACCCAGUCGCAGGCGACGCUGGCGGACGGCGCGCUGACGCUGACGGCGCGGCGGGCGGAGGGGGAGAAGCCGGCGUCGCACGGGGGCAAGCAGAUCCCGAUCCGCUACCUGUCCGGGGCGGUGCACGCCAAGGAGCACUUCAACGUGUCGCCCGGGGGCGGGUACGACUUCGCGGGCGAGUUCCGCGCCACCACGGGCCGCGGCACCUGGCCCGCCUUCUGGCUGACCGCCGUCGAGGGCUGGCCCCCCGAGGUCGACAUGGCCGAGUGGAAGGGCAGCGGCAAGAUCUCCUUCAACACCUUCAACACCUCCUCCGAGGUCCGGGCCCGCGAUGUGUCCUAUCCGAGCCCCGGGGAGUUUCACAAGAUCCUGUGCGAGGUGAGGGACGCUAAUGGGCGGGACGUGAGUGUCAAGUUCUCCAUGGACGGGCAGGUGAUUGAGACGCAAUAUGGGCGGGGGUACGUGGGGAAGGCGUUGUAUCUAUGGAAGGCUCCUCGGGAUCGCCAGGACCGGAAUCAGACACAUUGUUUCAAGCCCGGAACCUCGAGGUGUGGAGUUACAACGAAUGACGUGGGUUUGCGAGGGGGGUGA